AUGGCUGAGCUACCUAGAAAAUCAAAGAUCUCCUCGUCUCGAAGGCUGGGGUUGAAGAUUAGACUGUUGGCAACCGCUGCUCAGAUGCUGCUGGAAGAGACGGAGCAGAAGAAGAAGGACAAAGAAGCUGCUCUUGCAGAAAGAGUUCCUCCUCUGAAUCUGUCUGGUCUAUCUUUGCAAGAACUUCAGGAUCUUUGCAGAGACUUGCACCACAAAAUUGAUGUUGUAGAUGAGGAGUGGUAUGAUAUCGGUCUCAAGGUGUCCAAAAACGACAAGGAGAUUGAGAACAUGAACCUGAAGAUCAUUGAGAUUCAGAGUAAGUUCAAGAAGCCAGCUCUGAGGAGAGUGAAGAUCUCAGCUGAGGCUAUGCUGAGCGUUCUGCUGGGCUCCAAACACAAGGAGUCCAUCGACUUCAAGGCCAACCUCAAGACGGUCAAGAAGGAAGAGGAAAAGAAGGAGGAGGUGACUGACUGGCGUAAGAACGUUGAGGCCAUGUCUGGUAUGGAGGGCAGGAAGAAGCUGUUUGACGCCUCCGGCAACUAAAGAAACACUUACUAUUGUUAAGGAGAUCUUAAUAAACUCUUAACCUUACUUACUAUCUUAACUACCAUAUUAAUUUAUAAAUUACAGAUUGGACAAACACACUUAAAACUAGGACAGUGUUGCUUGUUAUAGCUUUAUUGAAAUCAUGAAAAAGUUUAUUUACAGGGGGACUGUAGGCAUCAGGUGGUCUUUAAUGGUUUGUUAAAUAGAAAAUUUGAGGUACACUGAUUUUGUGAUGAACUGCCAAGUUUGGACUGCAGACAAAUCAAAUUUGUUCCUCAAACCCGAUCUUUAAGACAGACUGUCCACACUGUUAUUUGCAAGUGAUCGGACUCUUGAGUCCAGAAGGGACGAACCUAUCUGCAGGGGUUGCUGUGGUAACAACAUGGCAUCAGUAACUAUGCAGCUACGCUGAUGAUGUGGCUUUCCAGUGCAGAAGCAUGAGAAAUGUGACCUAACAGGAACAAUGACUGUUUUCAAGAUGGAAAAAAAGAUAAAUAAAAGACCAAAGAUGUUCAGUGUAUGAUUUAUCAAUAUGGAUUUAUUUUACUGAGUCUCUUACAAGACACUGCAGUUCAAAGUUAGAUUACAAAGCUUCUGGAAGGGAUAAGAUCGCACUAGAGCCUUCGCUGGAACUGUAUGAAAGUAAAAAUUAGCUUCUGGGCAAAAUUAAGUCCCUCCAAAACGCAAGGUGCACUGCACAGCCUUAUUUUUAAAAAAUUGAAUGCCACUAGUGAACAAAAAAAACACACGCUUGCUGCACCUUUUUAUUGUUGCCAGACAACCAUGGACUCCCCUCCUUAUUCUAACCUUCCUAUUUUAAUUUAUUUUAGUUAUUUGACAGUUAUUAGUAGCUAGUUUCUAAAAUGUUGGGGCAGAGGGUGCUUGCUGUAGCUCUGGUUGAGGAUGAGAGACUGUCAGCACAGGGACGCAACUUUUGGGCACAGGGAUAUGGAGGGUACAUGAGACCCUAAAAAAGAGGGUGGAGUACCACCAAUUGGUCCAGGAGCUUUGCCUCCAUGACGGCCGUUUCCAGGCAUAUUUUAGGAUGACUUUGGGGCAGUUUGAUAACCUGCUGUCUAUCGUUGGGCCGUAUAGCUCUGUGCAUCCAGCAGCUCCUACCACCAGUUUCUCCUCUAUUGUUUAUCAACUGUAAACUUGUUGUCGUGACUACCACAGAAGGCCCAUCUCUCAAAUCAUCUGAUUGGACAAUGGGAAAAAAGAUAACAAAAAAGAGAUUACAUGGGGCGUAUUUCCGCUCUGAGGUAAAGUUUUUUUCAACUCAAGGAGUUCAGCACACUCUGGCAAAAAUGCCAGGCGCAUAAAGCGCUGAAACAUGAAGCACGUUGCAAUGCAAAAAACACGAGCAAAAAGCUUCAUUCUCAUUAAAAACAACUACAAAAAGGCACCUCCAGCUGCUAAAACACCUACUGUGUUAUCAGGGCCUAAUGCAGCCUUCUAGAGAUAUUAAAUGUUAGUAAUGUUAUGUGAUGUUUGACAUCAUCA